GACUUCAAAUCACCAUAUUAAAGUCUAACGCGUCGCCGCCACUCUUGUCACGUGUUUCACAAGUGGAUGGUCCACAGUUUCAAGUUGUGACUUUACCAUUGACCAACUCUUUUGUUUCAUGGGAUUCACAGGGCUUGCUCGAUGGAUCAAUGCACCAAGCACUGGUCUCGAACUCAUCCGUGAAAAUAUAAUGCGAAACCACCAUGGCCAGGUUCGAGGAAGGUGGUUUUUGAGCGUGAAAUCUUACCGCUCGACACUUGGUUCAAUACCCGGCCUUCAAGUCCACUCAGAGCGCUCCAUGUGCACGCUAACGAUGAAUGAGAAUGUCUUCGUCCUUCUGGAGGAUCCUGCAGCACCUACUCGUGCAGACAUUGUAUCAAGUGUUCAGAACUCCCAGACAACCGAUGUACAAGUUUUCCCAGUCCCACCACACUACCGAACUACUUUCCUCACCCUCCGUCCGCCCGGCGCAUUAGAACAAGUUCUGCAUCAAUUGAAAGCACGCUGGAUCCCCGUCAGACAAACAGCUCCUGGUGCGCAAAGAAGUCAAGGCGGUCAGCAACUCUCUGUAGAAGGUUUUGUGUUUGCUAUUGGUAAUGACUGGCUCGUCCGGGUUGGUCAUGUAGUCCUUGCUGGUGGUGCCAUCAAAGGUAUGCUUCUUGAGGCCGAGUAUCUUCCUUUACCGGUUCUCCACUCUCAAACUGCAGACGGAACUUCAGAGCUUUUAUCUAACCUUCUCACAUCCGUCCUUCCAAAUAUUCGAGAGGCUAAAACAGUGGCGGUCACCAUCAGCGAUUCUCAGUGGGAAGAAGUACUUUGGGAUCGUGAGGAAGAGGAACGACAGUUGUCGCAGGAGAAAGCAGAGUCGGAGGGAGAUCCAGAUAAUAUAUAUGUCUUUGGCGACGAAGGAUUGACCUCUGAGAAGAAGGGGGAUUGGAUAGGAGUCGAUAGAGACCGUAGAUCUGCUUUCUUAAUUAUCGGUGCAUUAAAAUCAGAGGGCAUUUUGUAGUUUGCACCUACGACUUCUGAAGAGUAGUUUACGCUACUGGUGAUAGACGUUUUUGGCUUGAGUUCUUCACUGCGAUCCACCACUCACGAAACGGCCUACUGAUGAAGGUUUGAACUAUCAUUGGCACCUUCUUCCAUUCGACCAUGUCAUGGCGGUUUCGAAAUGGAUGGCAUGCAAGCGAUUGCGCCCGACACUUGCUAAGGCACUCCUCCAGCCAAGUCCAGCCUCA